AACUUUUGAAGCGUACAAUCUUUUUUUCUCGGACAAGACUCUCCAACAUCUGUCCGAAAUGCAGACGAGCCGGUUACUCUCUUGCUACCCCAACUCUCCUAGUUUCGACAGCUUUUCCUCCGCCGUAGACCUCGCCACAAUCGCCGCCCGAGUCGUCGAGGAACUCAGAGAUCAGGAGCAACAAUUCGACUUCCACAGCGACGACGACAAUGACUUCGAGUUCGCCUUCGACUGUCCAAGCCGCAAGUGUUCCCACCCCAUCGCUACCGCCGACGAGAUUUUCUACAACGGUAAGAUCCGUCCGUUGAAUCCGUACGGUGGUGGAACUGGAAAUGCUCCGGUGUCUCCGCCUAAGAGUACUCUUCCACGACGUCACAGACCGGCGCUUAGAAAAUUAAUGAGCGAGGAGCGAGAUACGACGUCGGAUUCAUCGUCGGAGGCGGAGGAGGAUCUCACCGGCAUUUCCCCGGAGAGUUACUGCGUGUGGACACCAAAAGGCGGUGACGACGAUCUCCAAGAACUCUUGUCUUCUCCAUCACAGAGCAAGAUCAAAAGCAAUAGCGUAGGAUUUUCGAAACGAUGGAAGCUGCGGAAUCUUCUCUACGCGAGAAGCAGCAGCGAAGGGAACGGUGAAACUAAGUGUGAUAUUCACAGAGAAGAAGAAGAACCGUCGUCCAAGGUGGUCGGAGGGAGGGGGAAGCGAAAAGACGUUUGUGCCGUUUAAUAAGGAUAUGAUGGGAAUAUUGAAAAAUGUUAAUGGGCUUAGUCGUCAUUUACGGCCUUUUUAAAAGGUGACGUGGCUCUAUCGUGAAAGAGACAACCACAUCGAAGACGCGGACUUUUAAGUGGGCUUCGGUUUCUUUUUUGACUUUUUAUUUUCUCUCUCAAACUUUUUCUUUUGGUUUCUGAGAGAAUCUUGAUUGUUAGGCGAGAAAGUGCAUGUUUUUGAAAUUUUUUUAUAGUAUGAAGCUCGAUGUGUCGGUUUGAAUUAGGUCUAAAGUUUUGGUGGUUUGAUGGUUGUAAACUUGUAAUGAAGACUAUGGUUUUAUGCAUUUU